AUGAACAGACAAGUCUGCAAGACAUCUGGUGGCGGCAGCCAGGGCUUCUCGGGCCGCUCCGCCGUGGUCUCAGGCAGCAGCAGGAUGAGCAGUGUGGCCCGCUCCGGGGGAGCCAGUGGAGGGGCCUGCGGGUUCCGGGGUGGAGCGGGAGGCUUCGGCAGUCGCAGCCUCUACAGCCUGGGUGGCAACAAGAGCAUCUCCAUCAGCGUGGCUGGUGGCUCCCGGGCUGGUGGCUUUGGGGGAGGCCGUAGCAGCUGUGGCAGUGUCUUUGGGGGCGGCUAUGGAGGUGGUUUUGGUGGUGGCUAUGGAGGUGGGUUUGGUGGUGGCAGAGGAAUAGGAGCUGGUGGCUUUGGAGGGCCUGGUGGCUUUGGUGGCCCUGGUGGCUUUGGUCCUGGUGGCUUUGGUGGUCCUGGUGGCUUCCCCGGGGGAAUCCAGGAAGUGACUGUCAACCAGAGCCUCCUGCAGCCCCUCAAUGUGGAGAUCGACCCCCAGAUCGGGCAAGUGAAGACCCAGGAGCGCGAGCAGAUCAAGACCCUCAACAACAAGUUUGCCUCCUUCAUCGACAAGGUGCGGUUCCUGGAACAGCAGAACAAGGUCCUGGAGACCAAGUGGGAGCUGCUCCAGCAGCAGACCACAGGAGCUGGCUCAGGACCCAACAACCUGGAGCCUUUCUUUGAAUCCUACAUCAGCUUCCUGCGGAGGCAGUUGGAUUUGGCUCUAGGGGAGAGAGGAAAUCUGGAAGGAGAGCUGAAGAAUAUGCAGGACCUUGUGGAAGACUUCAAAAAGAAGUAUGAAGAUGAGAUUAACAAGCGGAAUGCGGCUGAGAAUGAGUUUGUGGGGCUCAAGAAGGAUGUGGAUGCGGCGUACAUGACCAAGAUGGAGCUGCAAGCCAAGGUGGACAGCCUGACAGAUGAACUGAACUUCUUGAGGACCCUCUAUGAGAUGGAGCUGUCUCAGAUGCAGAGUCAUGUCAGUGACACAUCUGUGGUCCUGUCCAUGGACAACAACCGCUGCCUGGAUCUGGACAGCAUCAUUGCAGAGGUCAAGGCCCAGUAUGAGGAGAUUGCCCAGAGAAGCAAGGCCGAGGCUGAGGCAUUGUACCAGACCAAGCUUGGGGAACUUCAGACCACUGCUGGCAGGCAUGGGGAUGACCUGAAGAGUACCAAGAGUGAGAUCAUGGAGCUAAACAGGAUGAUCCAGAGGCUGCGGGCUGAGAUUGAGAAUGUUAAGAAGCAGAAUGCCAACCUGCAGGCAGCCAUCGCUGAAGCUGAGCAGCGUGGGGAGAUGGCCCUCAAGGAUGCCAAUGCCAAGCUCCAGGGCUUGCAGACCGCCCUGCAGAAGGCCAAGGAUGACCUGGCCCGGCUGCUGAAAGAGUACCAGGAGUUGAUGAAUGUGAAGCUGGCGCUGGAUGUGGAAAUAGCCACCUACAGGAAGCUGCUGGAGGGUGAAGAGUGCAGGAUGUCUGGAGAAUGUCAGAGUGCUGUGAGCAUUUCGGUGGUCAGCAAUGUCACCAGCACAAGCAGUGGCUCUGGUGGAAGCCGUGGAGGCGGAGGCUACCAGAGUGGCAGCAGCGGGGGCUACCAGAGUGGCAGCAGCGGGGGCUACCAGAGUGGCAGCAGCGGGGGCUACCAGAGCGGCAGCAGUGGAAACAGGCUCAGCAGCGGAGGAAGCAGCUCUGUGAGCCAGAGUGGAAUUGGCUCCAGCUCUGGUGGCAUCCAGACCUCAGGAGGCAGCAGCUAUAAGUCUGGCAGUGGAGGCAGCACCAACAUCCGCUUCUCUCAGACCACCAGCUCCAGCCAACACUGCUCCAAGUGA